AUGAGAAAUUUCAGACAAGAUCCUAUUCCAAAUAUCAGAACGGCUGGAGUAAACACUGGUGGCAGAGGUGAAUCAGCUGCUUCUUGCUUGAAGCCUGAUAUUUUCUACAAUGAGCCAUCAACACCAGAGCAUAUUAAAAAGUAUAGAAAGACCUUUUAAAACCAGCCAGGUAUCAAGCAAGUUCAUCCAGGCGUUUUCGAUGAUAGACUUUAAGUUCCAGAAAACUUCUCGUUCGGUUAAAAAACUUAGAAAGGUGAUCAUGUAGACACAGUCAUCAAGGCCUAAAACAUACAAGGACUAGCUGCUAGAUUUAAUGAUAUCAAAGAAUAAAAUUACGCCUCCUAAAUUAGAGAACCUCUAGCCAAGGGCUACGAGAGAGGUUAUUAGUGGCCUAAUCAAAUUCAAAAUAAGGAAAAUUUUAAUUUUGGAGUACCAACUCUGUCAAGUGAAAAUGCCAAGGAUGUACUAUACCCUAAGAGAAACGCUCAACUCAAUAACUGGAUGGAAGAUGACGAGGCUUAAUAGCUAUAUAAGAAGACUCACGGUAAUUACAACCCAGGAGAGCAAAAGGAAAGAGACUAUAUCUGGCCUGUUGACAAAAAUAAAAUGAGAUUCGGGUAUGCUGAAGAAAAAGUGCUUAAUGGAGCUGCAAACGCUGUUCAUCAUGAGAGAAUUGAUCAAGGCUUCCCUAAAACUGUAAUUGUGAAGAAAACAGUUGAAGAUAUGAAGGCUGUGUCUCAGGAUUAAUUAGGAAAGCCAAGAAAUUUAGGGCAAGGCAGACCACCUAUUCCAUAAGAUUUCGUAUUUGGAAUAAGGAAUUUACAGAAUAAUGAUACAUGGAAUGCAGCUAAAUGCUUGCAUGGUGAACAAAAUUAUCGCCAAUUGUAGCCAGAUGCCGAUUUAGGCAAAUGCACAAAACUAGGAACUAGAAAUCAGGUCAGAAAGCCUGAGGAUACCAAUAGAGUUUUCGGCUGUCCCACUAUUAGAACAGAUAUCCCUACUCGUGAGAAAAGAUCAGUCGCUGAUUACACUAACUAUGGAGACGAACCUGAAGCUAUUGACUUGCUUUUCCCUCAGACUUUCACUGAAAUGGGAAUAACUGAGUAUGACUUUUAACUUCCUAGAGGAAAGGAGGAUAUCAGGGUAUUAUUUGAAAGAAUUGGGUUCUCAUAUAAGGUCGGAAAAUUCAAUGCAAUGUAUAAUAGAGCUAAGCAAUACAUGCCCUAUGAAGUUCCCAGUGAUUACGUUAGUGUAAGAGCAUUUAUGAUGGCAGUCAAUGAGAUGCAUGAGCAAGAUUGA